AUGGAGGUGAACUUUAGCUUUUGUACCUCCGUAACAGCUCUUGAUGCUGCUCUCCGCAAUGCUAUUAAACUAGAAUCGCUAGAGUUGAUGCAGCGAGCAAUAGAAAGGGGAGCAAACGUCAACUGCCAGUAUCCAGAUGACUGGAAUACUCCUCUUCACUUAGCUGUUAUAAGUAGCGACCAUUGUUGUGAGUCACUGUCAACAGCAUUGAUGAAUCACCGCCCAAACUAUAUGCUGCUAAAUGGGGAAAAUAUCACAGCAGCUGAGUUAGCCAUUCAGCGAGGACGCAAAGCACUGGCAAGACAACUAAUAACAGCGGAGUUCGGUAAAGUUGAGCCGGUCGAUGCACUGUAUGCAAUGAUGCAUCGAAGUUCAGUGGAAGCUUUGGAGAUAUUAAUUGAGAUAAUGGCUCUACCGCAACGGCAAUUGGCACAAUGUUUAGCAAAAGCAUGGAGCAAGCUUGAAAUUAUGAAUGUAGAACUUGUGCCAGCGAUUGAAUUCUUCGCUCACAUGACGCUGAUUCGAUGUGAAUAUGAUGGUACUAUCGGAACAACAGUUGAACUAAAACCGAAUCAAACGGAGGUUCGUUUGCGAAUGGAACUAAUAGUAAAAGCUAUCAGUUGCGUGGAGAAUAAUUUUGACACCGGAUUGUGCCAUGAUGUUAACGAUGAAUUCUUGGAGCUUUUAAGAAUAAUUUUGAGCCAUCUAUUUGCGGUAAAGAAUCACGUUGACAGUUUUCCUGGAAUGCAGUUGGAGUACUGCCUGGCACUGUACAUAGCUAUUUUGGACCGUAAGCCACAGCUGGAUUUAUAUCAACUAGUUGUGAACAAGUGUGCAAUUGUGAAGUUUUUGAAACAGCUUAAAAAGUCGUAUUUGGAUCCGCGAAGUGUCGAUUCUAGAAUGUCAAGCAGAGUUUUACACAAAUUACUUUGUUUAAUACAUAACUCUGAAGGUAAAAAGUGUAAAGAUAUUCUUAGACAAUGGGCAUCGAGCAAAGAUUUAAGUUACAGUUAUAAAGAACAGGUUAUGAUCAGAAACAAGAUUUUUGCUGGUUCGUUGCUGAGCGAAGUGCACGGCUUACAGUAUCACGAUCUCGACAAGAAAGAACAAAAUUUACUCCAUGUGGAAUCCGAUACUAUCAAUAGGCUAUUUACUGAACGAAGAGUUCGUUUCCGUUUUAAGAAGCUUCACAGAUUAUACGUCAAACUCAAACAGAUGUAUUCGCUGCAGAAAGCCAUUGGGUGUUUGAGCUUGCUGGAGGGGUUAAAUUUGGAUGCUGGUAGUUCAAAUUUCAUGUCACUGUUGGCAAUCCAACGUAUGCUGCAGGUUCUGGGCGAAACCUUAAAGGCAACCAAAUUAUCACCAAAUAUCUCUACCAAUUUGCGAUCAUUGAUGGAAUUUAUAUCGCCAAUCGACAUCUUAAACCGCAUCACAAAGUUACGGCAGUUUUUCUCGCAUGGAUAUUCAAGCACAAAACACUCUUUAUACCAACGGUUAAGAAAUAACGAUCAAGAACUACUCCAGUUGUAUUUAAGAGUGAAAACUGACCUCAUGAAAGUGUCCCCGCUAAUCAUAAACAUCUAUGUGGGCGAGAUUGAAAAAUUUCUUAACACUUUUCUUGGUCAAAUUCUUCAGCUCAACACUGCUGAACAGGUACAGUCCCUAGCAAAAGCUUGUCAGAUUCAUUAUGAAUUUAAAAUAGAUUACGAUCUUGAAACUACUGAUGUCACUGGUAUUAAUAACUUGCUGACACAACUGGAACAAUACUAUGACCGGAAUGAUCACAAGGAAAACCUGUCCGUAAUUGACAACAUUAGAACAAUACUACAGAAUUAUAUUAAAUUUGUAGAGCGUAGUACAGUUGAUUUCAUGACUGAGCUAGCAACAUCAAGCAUUGGAUAUUUAAUAAUGAAUGAUAACUUAGCCUAUCAAAAAAACUAUGCAAAAUAUAUUUUAAAUAAUCGCAACGAUAACCCAAAAUUCAGCGGAUAUGGUGUCAAAAUAUUAAUAUUGCAUACAUUCAACCAUUUGCUAAACAAGUUGCUUGAGCUCGAGGUACAUUUACCGACUGAAGAAUCUAUGAAAAGGAUCAAUAUUAUACAAAAUUUAAUGAAGAUUGCAUCGGCUCCUGGAAUAGAUGCAUACCAUGAGCUAGUUUUAGGUAACGGCCAAGGCAAUAACUUAGAAACCACACAGGCCAUAGUUGAGGCAUUGCAACUAGAGUUGACGUCCAGCGACCAAUUUAAGGAGCUCAACAAAUUAUUAAGUAAAUAUUAUGGCAACUUAUUUGCACUGGACGAUAAAUAUCGCGUUUUGAAAGCGUUUUGUAAGCGCAAUAAGUAUGAUUAUGAUAAUCAAAAGGCUUUGCGCUGUAGACAAGAUGAUAUGGUUGAAUGUCGAGCUAUGCUAAGUGAGUUGUUGAAAGAUUUGAAUAACAUAAUUGAUAUUCCAAUGGAUGCGGAACCACUGCAGUUGAUUUCCAUGCUAGAAGCUUUUGAACGAUACCAAAUAGAUUCUCCAGAAAAUUUAGCAUUAGAAAUUAUCCUUCUUGAAGUUCUGGAAAUUUUAUCCUCGCAAUGUAAAAUUCCGGACAACAGAUCGUCAUUAUCGUUUUUUCGUUCAGUUAUCACGGGGCGCAAUCUCCGGAACUAUUUAGCUCAUGACUCGCUUGUAUAUGAAACGCUAUGCCGUAACAAAAACCCCCAUAGAACAGUAAUUUUGAAUGCUAUUUGUUUGAGUCGACAUUUUGAUGAUAAAGUACUGUAUGAUAGGAUGACCCCCACUCCCAGCGAGAACGUACAAGAAUUAAUUUCCGAAAUCGAGCUGUGGAAACAUUCAUCGAUCAGUCAAAAAGUGAGCUUGUUUGAGCUUGUUACACAAGCAAAGUUUGAUCUCAUUACAAAGUGUUGUGAAAUCGGUGCUAGGACACUCGAUAAACACAGUCUCCUGAUAUCAACAUUCCACCUACAUUCUGUAGAGAUUAUCCGAUUUCUUCUGCAAUUUCCCACCAAAUUGAUAUCUUUCUUCGAAGUUCUCCUUGAAAUCUGCCCAAAUCAAGUGCAUAACUUCUAUGACGAUGAUGAAUUUACCGUCAGACAAUUAUUCAGCAGUGAAACUCUCCGUCAGAAUGCAACUUUCUACCUGGCUUUGAAAUACCACCACUUUGAGUUGGAAAACGAAUUGGAUCAUCGUUUUGGGGGUGUUUAUACAGCAGAUAGUCUGAACAUGGCAUUGGUUUUCCAGAAUCAACAAUCCGCUCUCUCGAUUAUCAACAACCCACGUUUAUACGACUUCUGCAAGGCGGAUUCUCAAAGAUGGGAUCAUACCCCUCUGACCCAAGCUGUGAUUCGUAAACUACCCGCCGUAGCACAAAUAUUAUGUGAACUAAGCCCGGAAAUGAUAGAACUCACAAACUCGGCCCAGGAAGCGCCACUCUAUUUAGCAGUAGCCGCCGGCUGUCAGGAGUGCGUGCAGAUAUUGUUGAAUUUUGGUGCGAAAGUCCAUACUCCACUCAAAUCAGCAAUAGUUUAUGCUGUAAGGAUGCGGAAAGAUGAUUUGUUAAAAAUGAUGCUACCUUCUGAAGUCGAGCUUUCUAAAGAUCAGACCAUGUUGGGUGAAUUGAUACGACAGGCCAGUUACACAAACCACCACCAUCUGUUAGGAAAACUUGCUACCUUCGCGAAGUCUUCCAAACUAAUAUUGGACGCACUUUUGGUGGCUUCGUCGAAUAACAAUGUCGAAGCGGUAGAUGCAAUCUUAGCCUUUGAUUCUGGCCUUGUAAAUGCUGUGUCCGAAGACGGCAAAACUGCCUUAGCAAGUGCCUGUUCUAGUAAUAGCUUUCGAACCGUACAGCAGCUGCUUCGAUACGGUGCUGACUGCAAUUUGCCAGCUGAAAAUUCUGCGUUAGUUUGUGCCAUCGAGAGAAACUAUCGAUUGAUCGUAACCUUGUUUUUAAGACGCAACCUUAUCAAUCCAAUUCAUCGCGCAACCACGGUCGAGUAUUUGUUAAAGAAAGCAAAGUUUAGAUUAGCUUGGAUGUUCUUCAAGCAGGGAUACACCUGUACGAUUACGAAUCUGGAUAUAAAAGUACACGAUACGCGAUUGUUGAAAUUGCUGCACAAAAUGUGUCACUUAAAGCCAGAGAUUACUGUUCAGAUCGAUAGUUUGAUGAUUGUAAAUGCGAAUCUGUUGAAGAGUCACAGUUUUGUGCAAUUUGCAAUCGACGCCACUUUUCAUCGAAUGUCAACGGUUGAUAAAGCAUUGCUGCUAAACGGUGCCGUUAAAGCGAAUGACAAGGAUCUGAUGUACUCUUUGCUAGCCCGCGGUUGCAAUGUAAAUCAACCGGAUUUGAUUGGUAUAACGCCACUAGGAUUGGCGGUUUCAUUGGGAAAACCGGAGGUAGUAAAAAUGCUUCUUAAAGCGGGAGCCGAUUUUGAUCAAGAAACGGUGGCAAACUGUGACGUAUUGUAUACCUAUUGGACUUUACACGGAAGCACCGCAGUAAAACAAUUGCAAGAUCAAUACAUCAUAUCGUAUCCGAUUAUACUAGCGAUCUUUCAUGGUCACAUAAAAAUAGCAGAGUUUCUCUUGGAAAACAACACUCUCCCUGAUGUUCGAGACCAACGAGGUCUCACUCCUUUGGUUAUUGCAAUUUAUUGCGGAUACGUUAAAAUUGUCAAAGCUCUGUUAUCCCUCGGAGCCGAUGCACAAUAUAGCCAGAACUUCACACACACAAUAUUCGAAGAAGGCACCGCUCUUCAUGCAGCGGCAUAUUUCGGGCAUGUAGAAGUUUUGAAAUUAUUUAUCGAAAAACAUGAAUUUGAUUCGGCUAAGCAAACAGAGCAAGGAGACACCGUACUGCAUUCUGCCAUUCGUGGAAAACGUUCUGCAGUUGUGGAAUAUCUCUUAGGACUUCCUUGUUGGGAUAUUUCGAACCAAGAUUGCAGCUCUCUAAUACGGAUCGCUUUACUCGAUCUUGAUGAUGACAUUUUUCGUUUGAUAAAAGCACUUCCAAUGACAGUCAUCGAAUUCAGUUCAUUUGUGGGUAGCGACGGGAAACGGAUACUUCACCAUGCAACGGUAAACGGUAGUCUUUCAAUGUUGCGAACUCUUUUGAAUGAAUUCAACAUCGACGUAGAUCAGUUGGACCUGCAUGGAAAUAGAGCCAUUUUCUAUGCGGUUCAAAACAGAGCCCUAUCGAAGCUUAAAUUUUUAAUGGAUGCUGGAUCUCCUUUUUAUAAUGUGAAGGACAAAAACCAUCCUUUAACGCUGGUGGUUAACACAAAUCAAAUUGAUGCUUUAAAACUAUUUCUAAGCCAAAACGAGCAAAGUGCGAAGCUUAUAAAGAAUUACCAAACAGCGGGCUACAAUAUUCUACAAGUUUGUGCUUUCAAAAAUAAUAUCGCAAUGUGCGAACUGUUGUUGUGUUCUGUUGAUUUCGACGUCAACGCAGUUCAUGAGAGCGGGAUGACUGCUCUACAUUUGGCGUCCGCUUAUGGCACGGUUCAAAUGGUAGCAUUGCUGAUCAGACACGGAUCUCGAAUAGAUGCCGUGAAUGAAGACGAUAAAACUCCGCUUGUAGUAGCCAUAGAGCACGGGAAUACGAAGGUUGCGGAAUACCUAAUCAUUCGAAAAGCUUCGCUGAGCGCUAUUGCCAAUUAUCGGUACCGAACAAACCAGGGCAUGUGUCUAUUGCAUCGUGUUUCUAUGGAUGGAAAGCUGGAUACAGUUAAGCUUUUAUUAAGUCGAAAUAUUUUCGAGCGAACUGUUCCGGAUGACACUGGAAAAAACCUGGCACACUAUGCCGCUGCUAAUAAUCGAUCGAACAUUAUCGAGUACCUAAUCAAAACGAUCUUUCCGUUUGAUAUAUUGGACAAUGACGGCAGAUCUGCACUGGUUAGUGCUCUCGAGAUGGGUCAUUUGAAAAUAGCGAAGCGGUUGAAAACUCACGGGUCGUCAAUCAAAAUAUUGCAAACGUUCAAUGAGAAACAAUCUCUAAUUGACUGCUCAAAUUCAGCUCUGGUCAAAUUUUUGCAACAGGAAUGCAACUUGGCUAAUGAUCAUUUGGUUGAAAUUGUGAAAACUGUCAUUGGAGAUACAUCCAAUACAAAUAAGUUUGCACUCCUUCGUACAGCAAUCGAUAACAAAAACUGUACUGAAGUCGAAAAAAUAUUAGCUCAAAACAACCUUUCACCUGAUACACAAGAUUCGAACGGACAGUCCCUAUUGCAUUAUAGCUGUGAGUCGAAUAGCUUGGAAGCUGUUAAAUUAUUAUUGCACCUAGGGGCCACCAUUGAUUUAGAGGAUCAUCAGCAGAUAACACCAGUUAUCGCUAGUAUCAUCAAUGGUAAUCAGUCAAUUGCCGAAUUUUUGAUUUCCAAGGGUGCGUCUACUGAAAGGAUAUCCAGUUAUCGCAUGCAAACGAGAGAUCAGGAAACAUUACUGCACGUGGUAACCCAGAAGGGAUUUGACUCUACGCUUAGUCUUUUGCUUCAAUUAAACAUUUUCCCUAUUGACGUGGGCGACGUAGACCAGACUACAGCUCUCCAAACAGCAGCUCUGCAUGGCCAAUUGGAAUGCAUUAAGCUACUGCUGGCAAAUGGGGCAGAUCCCAACUUUGUUGAUCUUGAAUUAACCACGAGCUUGACACGCGCUUGCAUCAGUUGCCACAAAGAAGCCGCUGAGUUGCUUAUAGCUCACGGUGUUGAACUAGCCAACCCAAGGGAGUUCCGAUUGAACACGAAUAGCAAAGAAUCUCUACUCCAUACUGCAAUCUGUAGGAACAAUGAAUUGAUCGAUCUAUUGGUGCACAGAAUCGGUAUAAAUGUCAAUGUGUUAGACAAUAAUUAUAUGACACCAUUACAUUAUGCUGCUAGAUUAGGGUCGUAUGAUUCUAUUAUUAUUCUGCUUUCACAUGGCGCAGUGGUUGACACAAUUGACAGUAUGCAAGAAACUCCCCUCAUAUCUGCAACAUUAGCUGGACACGUAGAAGUAGCUGAAUUGCUUUUAGAUAAGACAGAAAACAUUGAACCUGUAGAAGCUUUUCGAUCUCAACAAUCGAACAAUCCUUUGAUACAUAUUGUACUUGAAAAAGGAUUCUGUACAUUGUUAAUAAGAAUGCUGACUAAACUUAAACUAAACGAUCGCGUUAUUGAUGCAGAUGGUAGGACCAUACUUCACCAUGCAGUUAGUCAAAACAUUCUAAGUAUUAUCGAAUAUUUUUAUGUUGACAUACACACUUUCUUUCAACGCGAUAAUUACGGGAUAAGCCCAAUAGGCAUUGUUGUUCAAAGAUCUGAUGUUACAAUGUUUGAAAAAAUACUCAACUCAUUGGAAGCUCAUCUAGAUGAAUCCCAUUUGAUAAACAUUUUGAAAACCAUUGUACAGUUCGAAUCUUCUCAGUCUCUCAGCCUUUAUAGUAGAUGGUUGAUUGACAAACGUCGCGAGUUUAUUGCUGGUAAUCAAGAAAUAGUCGACAUAAUUAAUGUGUUAUAUCCAAGCGUAAUCAUUGAAAGGGCUAUUUUGGAGAGCAGCCACGAUCUUUUGCAUUUGUUCCUUAUUUGCACCACCGACAAGUCUGUGAUACAAUGUAAGGAUAUGCCAAGGGGCAUGAGUUACCUACAUGUUGCAGCCUUGAGAAAUGAACAUCAAAUAACCAACUUACUUCUCCGCUACUCAGGUGUUCUAGUUGAUGAACUAGAUGACUCACAUAGAACUCCUCUUUGUUACGCGGCUAUGAGCAACAGUUUACGCACGGUGGAAAUUCUCCUGGACCAUGGUGCUGACGUGAAUCAUCAUGACCAGGAGCAACAAACGCCACUUCUAUUUGCAAUCGAAAAUGGCAACGUUGAAAUGGUUCAGUUGAUUUUGCAUUUUGGUGCAGAUGCUAGUUAAGUUCGAAGCUACCGUUAUAAAAACAAAAAUAGUACCACCGUUUUACAUUUUAUAGCCGAAAAGGGCUUCGUGAAGCUUUUGCCCUCAAUCAGACUUUUUCUAAAUAUGAACUGUACAGAUUUGCAUGGAAUGACUCCAUUACAUUACGCUGCUAGUUGCAAUCAUUUGACAAUGGUAGACUGGUUGAUAAAUGCCGGGGCGAAGGUUGACUUCACCGAUAACGAUGGCACCACACCAUUGAUGAGAGCAGCAUGCAAAGGACAUAUUGAGAUCUACCGAAUGCUUCUCAAAUACGGUGCCAGUAAUGAUUUACUCAAAGCUUUCAGAAAUUCCAAUUAUGAUGAUGAGACAGUUUUGCAUAUAGUUGCUGAAAAGGGAUUGCUCGAAAUGACUAAACUGCUUGUUGAAGAUUUGCGAUGUGAUGUCGACUGCGUUGAUCGGAAUGGGAACACUCCGUUACAUCUUGCUGUUAUUAAAGGGCACUUUGAGGUUAGCAAAUAUCUCCUACAAGCAUCUACAAACAUUAAUUUGAAAAAUAAAGACGGAUUCUCGAUUGCAAUGCUUCUUGAGGCCAAUGGCAACAAAGUCAUCACGAAUUGACCAGAUAUAGGCUCCUAUUACAGAAGAAAACAGGUUCAGUUUAACUUUUAAGUUAGAAUAGCUAGAGGAAAUAUAACCCUACAUUAGUUUUAUAAUGUCUAGAAUUGCGUGAUAAAUUUUUGUUGUGUGUUUGAUAAUAUAAAUGCUACUGUUUGAACCAAUGAUAAAAACUUAAGUAUUUUUUAAAGCGAAAAAAAAAAAUAUUCGUAAAAAUAACAAAUCUAAACAAAUAUGCCAGUUAUCUAAUGGAUGAGAUGAGCUCAUUUCCGAUUUUCUACACCGUUUCAUCAAGGGCUAGGCGCCUCCAUUGAAAGCACAUUAUUGCCCUAUUUCCUAUUGAUCAAAAGCAUGUGAGCAAUAACAAAAGUUCCAUUAUAUGCGUUAGUGUUUAAUAUUGUUUGCCUAAUAGUUCAUACAAUAACAACAUAUAUUACAAACAACAGUUCUUCUAAAAACACCUACUUCAUGACAUCAACGUUUUGCUUAGAUUCGACUGCCUACUUUGAAUAUUGAAUAUGAAUACACUACUGCGAUAUUGGAAGCAAGCUGUUAAUAAAUUAUUACUCAAUGCAUUUGAAAUCACUAUAAUGGAUAAUGAGGUUAAAUAGCGUCUUCACAAAUCAUACUUUGUGGAGGGUAUACUGGAAUAUUUCUCAAUUUUUAUCCGCCACUCGGCUUUGUUCUAGUAAUAAAAAGUUAAAAUUUCUGCUCCAAAUUUUCAGUUAAAGAAAUAAAAAUACUGCAAUUGACGUGAUUCUUGUGUAAUUCCACAACGUUGAAUUACACAUUCAGUACGGUGUGCUUCUU